AUGGACACUAUCAAGAACACCAUUGCCGAAAACUUUGGCGGGCCAGCCUCGAAGUUGGGAACUCACCAGUUCAGCCUGGAGGAAUGUCCCGACUUAACCGGAAAGGUCGCUGUAGUUACCGGAGGUAGCGAAGGCAUCGGCUAUGGUGUUACUUACACCCUUCUCAAGAACAACAUUGCCAAGCUGUAUAUCCUCUCCGUCUCCAAGGAAGUCGUCGACGGUGCCAAAGAUGCCAUCUCUAAGGAGCUUGGCGCCGAGAAGGCAGGCCGCACCAAAUGGUUCGAGUGCGAUAUGGGAGAUUGGAAGCGCGUCAAGGAGGUUGCAGAGCAGAUCAAGAACGACACGGACAGACUCGACAUCGUGGUCAACAAUGCCGCAAGGGGCAUCAUGACGUACCAGCUCACGGAUUACGGCGUAGACCGUCACAUGGCUGUCAACCACAUGGGUCACGUCGUACUCACAUCACAUUUGCUGCCGCUCAUCAAGAAGACGGCAGAGAAUGGUGAUAUCGUGAGAAUCGCCAACCAGGCCAGUAAUGCGCAUCAGGCUACACCGAGCGAUUGCAAGUUUGAGAGUCUUGAGGAACUUAACCAGGACCUGGGUCCCAAUGGACAGUAUGGCCGCAGCAAGCUCGCGGGUAUCUUGUAUGCGCGCUACUUCAACCGUAAGGUAACGCAGAACGGCCAUCCGAAUGUGUUGAUGAACGCGACGCAUCCCGGGUUUGUAAGUACAAAGAUGAGUAAAGAGGAUAUCUUCGAGCCAUAUCCCCUUGGAGGCUAUGCGAUGGCCGUCGGCAUGGAGCCUUUCAAAAAGUCUCAAUGGGAGGGUGCUGUCUCAAUGGUUUAUGCUGCAACCACAACCAAGGAGUCGGGCCAAUACAUUUGCCCGCCCGCAGUACCUGAGCCAGGAAACAAACUAGCUCAGGACGACGCGCUUGGAGACCAGCUCAUGGAGUUGACACGGCAGAUCAUCACAGAGAAGACCAAGGGACAAUCAGUUGACAAGGGCUGCCCGAUGGAUGACCUAGUCCUUCAUUAG